AUGGGGGCGGCGUGGCGGGGCCUGCUGCUCGACCAGUGGCGCGGGAUCCAGGACGACGGGGAGGUGUACGACUACCACGGCGACCCGUCCGUGGUCAAGCAUCGCCGCCGCCUCCUCAACCAGGCCAAGGAGCAGUGGUAUGCUUCGUCGGCCCUCGUCGGCCGCUUUGCCGACUGCGGCCGCGCCGGUCACAAGGACGCGGUGCUGGAGCAACUGAGUGGACAAUCACGAGUUUUCUCCAAGGCGAGGUACACUGUCAGGUCGUUCGGUAUCAGGCGUAAUGAGAAGAUCGUGUGCUACAUGACUAUUAGGGGCGAGAAGGCAAUGCAGCUCCUGGAGAGUGGCCUGAAGGUGAAGGAGUACGAGCUCCUCAGGAGGAACUUCAGCGACACCGGAUGCUUUGGCUUCGGCAUCCAGGAGCACAUUGAUCUCGGCAUGCUCAUUCCACUCUAA